GGUCGAGCACAGCUGUAACCUUCAAAUUUCAAUCUUCAUUUGUAAUUUUUGUUCCAGUCGAUGUUGUCUUCUUCUGCCUUAAACCCCUCUCUCCGUAUAAUACGGUAAUUUCGCUGUCUUUCUCUUCUCUCCUCAAAGUCUCACUGUUUCAACUUUAAAACACCACACUCUUUUGGGAUUCUGCCCUUUCUGGAUUCCCUCUUUGAGCUUCUUCACUUCCCCAUAUUUGCAAGAUUUUCCAAUGGCUUCAUGUAGCUUAGGGACCCCAAAUAUCAAAGUAUUGAACUUGCACUUUGGGGUAAAAAGAAUUGGGCUUUCACAACAGUUUGGUACAAGAAGUUGGAUCAGUAGGAAGUCACUGCAGUACACUAGUUUGGUUAUGUCACAGUUAACUUCGUACAAUGACCCAUUGUCAAAGAUCCAAUCUGUUGCAAGGUCAGAAGAUGGUUCUGAAGAAAUUAUAUCUUCUGGUUUGACAAGUGAACUUAUUCCUAAAUUUAGAGAGGUGGAGUUCCUGCUCACUAAAUUGUGUGACUCAACUUCAAUUGGGGAGUUAGAAUUAAAACUUGAUGGGUUUCACCUGCAUGUGGUGAGAGAUUUGACUGAAAAAAUUAAAACUCCACCUCCUCCAAUUCCUGCUUCCGUAAGUGUAAAUACUUUCACAGAAGCACCUAAAUCAAAUGGACCAGUUUCUACAUCAUCAUUGGCCAUCUCGAAGCCAGUACCUUCUUCAGGGUCUAUCCAGAGAUUCCUAGACAAAGCUGCAGAUGAAGGCUUGGUACUAAUUCUAUCUCCAAAGGUGGGUUUCUUUAGGAGAUCUCGAACCAUAAAGGGGAAGCGUGCUCCGCCAUCAUGUAAAGAGAAUCAAAAAGUUGAGGAGGGGCAAGUGAUUUGUUAUAUUGAACAGCUUGGUGGUGAGCUGCCAAUCGAGUCUGAUGUAUCGGGGGAGGUCAUCAAGAUACUAAGAAAUGAUGGCGAUCCUGUUGGAUAUGGUGACGCAGUUGUUGCAAUAUUGCCAUCAUUUCCCGGAAUAAAGAAGCUUCAAUAGAUUUUUUGGAUUUUUUUAAUAUAGUUCUUGCAAUGCUGUAAUUAGCUGAUACUUUGAGAUCGAGUUACGUUGUGGUCCAUAGCAUACAUUUAGUACAAUGUUUUGCAUGCUGAGUUGCAUUCUACAUCCCUGCCCUGCAGUUUAAGUAAUAAACUGGGAUUUUUUUUA